AUGGUCGGAAAGAAAUCGGGCAAGGCGCUUCGGGAUGAGGAACGGACCGACAACAACAUGGAGCUGUCCAGCUGGCCACAGAUUCCCGCGAUCAACCAGAAGAACUACUACACAGACUACCUGAAAAGAGAUGACCAGAACCUUGCAUACCGACUCCAAAAUGAGGAAAACAGAGCGCGAAUGGCCAAGAAGGCCAAGGACCAUGACCGAGAGCAGGCGAUGAAGAACGAGGCAGCGGAAGGGGAUGCGGAAGGGGAUGGCGAUGCCAACAUGGAAGACGCAGAGGAGACACCCGCGGAAGUGAUUGGCUCCAAGGUCAUUGUGGUUCACAUGGGCAGUCAGAACCUCCGCAUCGGCCUUGCCAGCGAUGCUUUGCCGAAAACGAUACCGAUGGUGAUCGCAAGGAAAGCCGCGACAAACGAAUCUGAGGAUUAUGACGAGCCUAAGCCAAAGCGCUUCAAGCAGGAUGACGGUUCUGAAUUGGAGCCAGAGAAGGAGUUCGGACCUGAGUGGUCGGCUCACUUUGGUCGAAUGUCUGCGGAUUUGAAAGUACACAUGCGACUGAACAAGCGUAGGAUGCUUCCCAACUCCAAGGAAAUGGUGGUCAACUAUAACCGCAGAACCGUGCCCGAAAUCAUCUCCGAGCACAAUGACCCCAUGCGUGCCGAAUGGACCGAACUGUCCAGCCCACCGCCAGAGUAUAUUGUUGGCCAGCCGGCAUUGCGAGUGCCUGACGACUCAAAACCUCGGUACAAGCUAUAUUGGCCAAUCCGCAGCGGAUGGUGCAAUGAAAAGGACUAUGCAAGCAAGAGAGCACUGUUCCUGGAUAUCUCGCUGAUCCUUGAGGAUGCGAUCAAGAACCAACUACACUUGACCAGUAAGAAGGAAUGGACCCAAUACUCGUGCGUCUUUGUCAUUCCAGAUCUCUACGACAAGUCAUAUGUCACCUCUGUCCUGGAGAUGCUGAUGCGCGAAUUUGCAUUCGCCCGAGUGUGUUUCAUCCAAGAGAGUCUUGCGGCCACUUUCGGCGCUGGUUUUACUUCGGCCUGCGUGGUCGACAUCGGUGCUCAAAAGACAUCCAUCUGCUGCGUGGAAGAAGGCAUGUGUGUCGAGAACUCGCGCGUCAACCUCAAGUUCGGCGGGCAGGAUAUGACCGAAACAUUUGUGAAGAUGAUGCUCCACGACCACUUCCCAUAUGCAGACAUCAACCUACGACGCCGACAUGACUUCCUCUUGGCCGAAGAACUAAAGAAGAACAUCUGCACCAUGGUUGAAGCGAGUGUCUCCCCGCAAGUUUUCGAUUUCCACCUUCGUGUUGCAGGUCAAGAUACGCGCAAGUACACCUUCAAGGCCUUUGACGAAGUUCACCUCGCCCCGAUGGGUGUAUUUGAACCUGCUAUCUUCGACAAUGAAAACAAGAUUGACGGAAGACGGACAUUGAUUGACCGUUCCGUUGACAUCUACGAAGGAUCACCCAAUGAUCCUACUUCCGCCGCCCAGUCAGAGAUCUUGACCGCUAUCGCUCCCCCUCUCAACACUGGCAAGACCGAGCCUGAGCCCGAGGCCCAAACCCCGAUCCGCCCCCCAGCCUUGAAAGUUGAGGCUACUCCCCGGUCUUCUGUCGCUGGAUCACCGGCUCCUGAACCCACCAGCACUCCCCAGCCACCCACCACAGCCACCGCAGCUGCUCCCACCACGGCUCCUCGCCCACCCGCCGUGGAAUACCGUGAUGACAUCAUGCCUGUCUUUGGUCUGGACAAUGCUAUCCUGACUUCCAUCGCCCACGCUGCCCGUUCCGACGACAAAAAGAUGCGGGACUUCAUCGGUGGUAUCAUGGUUGUUGGUGGUGGCAGUUUGACUCAAGGCUUCCAUGCCUUCCUCGAGGAACGACUGCAAGCCCUUCGUCCUGGCUUCGCAAAGGAGAUCAUGAUCGGAACACCGCCCAGAGAGCUGGAUCCACAAGUUGUGGUGUGGAAGGGAGCCAGUAUUUUCGGCAAGCUAAGCACCACAAACGACAGCUGGAUCGGUAGACUGGAGUUUGAUCGCCUUGGGCCACGACUGUUGUCGUACAAGUGUAUGUGGGCUUACUAG